AUGUCUAGUACUGCUCAAAUCCGCGAGAAGAUAUUCGAAAAGACCGAAGCACAAAGACUUGUGAUCAAAGUGCAUACAAACCAACUGGAUUCCCAUGAUUAUCGUGUCUCAGCAGGAAAAUUCAUCGACGAAAUAUUUCCAAACUGGGAGAAUGAUAGUCGAAUUCAUUUCCUUGCCAUCGAAAUAAGGGGAGAUCGCACCUUUAUGGCGGUCGAUAUCAACAAUUCUGAUUACAACUUCGAUACAGCGCACAAAACAAAAAUCGUUCUCCCUGUCUAUGUUGUUUGGCAACAUAAGCGAAGGGGAUGGUUUGUUGUAAGAUGGCCUCAGGAAGAUGAGCCUCUUGCUACAAAAAUAGCUGAGCUUCAUAACCUCAAUGGCUUCAAGGCCACGACACCGUUUCUUGCGAAUUUCAACCAGCUUGUGAUAUAUGAGAGGCCGCGUGAUUCCUUUCACUCACCAGCAUCGACAGGUUCCAUCUCCGCUUGA